UCCCUGGAUGAGAAUGGAUGGAUGGACACGCAGGAUUCAUCUGACUAGCACAGAGAGGUUUCUCCUUUUUAUUUCCCCCUGAGGAGGAAGCGUGCUGCUCCAUCUUAAACGCCUACUGCAUCCCUCCCUCCCUCCCUCCCACUGCUACUGGCACACAGAGGAGAUGAAUGGGGAGGCGAUGGACCCGGCACAAGAGCAGCAGCAGAAUGCCGGUAACACCUCCCACCUACCUCCCCCUCCAACCAUCACACCGGCCAUUCCCCCCUAUGUGAAGCUGGGUCUGACCAUCGCCUACACCGUCUUCUACUCACUGCUCUUUGCCUUCGUCUAUGCCCAGCUUUGGCUGGUGCUGCGGUACCGGCACAAGCGCUUCAGCUACCAGACGGCCUUCCUGUUCCUGUGUCUGCUGUGGGCCGCCCUGCGCGCCCUUCUCUUCUCCUUCUAUUUCAGAGACUGUGUGACCGCCAAUGCACUUGGACCCUUUGCCUUCUGGCUUCUGUACUGCUUCCCCGUCUGCCUGCAGUUCUUCACGCUCAGUCUCAUGAACCUCUACUGUGCACAGGUUUACUUUAAGGCAAAGUCCAAGUACGCACCAGCACUACUGAAGUACAGACUUCCUCUGUACCUGGUCUUCCUUUGCGUCAGUCUCAUUUUUCUGGUGGUUAAUCUGAUCUGCGCCCUGAUGGUCAAGAUGACUGCUGCCGACGUGAAGACCAUUGUUCUGGUGAGGGUGACCGUUAACGACAGCUUGUUCGUACUCUGCGCCAUCUCGCUGUCCGUCUGCCUCUACAAGGUGGCCAAGAUGUCAUUGGCCAACAUCUACCUGGAGUCAAAGGGAACGUCCGUGUGUCAGGUGACCCUGAUCGGCAUCACGGUGGUGUUGUUAUACGCAUCACGAGCCUGUUACAACCUGGUGGUGCUUGCCCUCGCUGACAUCGAGACCAUCAACUCCUUCGACUAUGACUGGUACAACGUCUCCGACCAGGCAGACUUGCGGUCCUCUCUUGGAGACGCCGGUUACAUCGUAUUUGGGGUGAUCCUGUUCGUGUGGGAGCUGCUGCCCACCUCACUGGUUGUGUUCUUCUUCAGGGUGAGACGGCCGCCUCAGGAUCGGAGCACCACGGGAAUCCCUAACCACGUUCUCUCCUCCAGAGGAUAUUUCUUUGACAAUCCUCGUCGCUAUGACAGCGAUGACGACUUGGCGUGGAGCAUUCCUCCCCAGAACGCCUCAGCGAGCCUUUCCUCUGACUGCUGCGACUGGGGCAGCCGCCACAGCAGCUUCACCGUGCAUCCCAACAGUGACGAACAGCGCCUGACCACCGCUGCCGGGGAGCUCCGCCCUUAUCCAUGAGUCCGCUGCUCUGUGUACAGCAUCACUCUGCACUUUGACACGGUUCGGUUAUUGUGUUUGUUAUUGUCACUGACAUAAGGCUUUGUGGAGUCACUGUAGAAAAUAAAGAAGAAUGUGUUACAGCAGGGGUCUCAAACUCGCGGCGCGGGGCCACUUGUAGGUGACGUGAAGAAAGAUAAUGCAGUUCGGCCCUGGAAGUGCGCCACGUGUCUGCACGGGCAGAGAGGACCAAAGGCUUCAGUUAGUGAAGAGUCAGUUUCUUAUGCAACAAUUUAAACAAACAAACAAACCACUUUCAGUAAUAUUUGUUUGUGUUUCCUUGUGUGUUUGUUUGUACUCCUAAAACACUAAAGUGGCCGUCCAAUGAGACCACAGUGGUCCACAGCUCACUUCAGUUUGAGACCCCUGCCUUACAGGUUUCUACACAACAGUUAAUCACUAUGUGUCCUUAAUUUUUGGUCCCCCAGCUGAUCGCCCCAAACAGUCCCAGAACAUCAAGUGUUUAGCUGUAAACAAGAACAUCUGAAUUUGGCCUCAUGAUGUUGGACUUUUCCCACAGCUACAAUGUUGCUGCUUCUAAGACUCGCGGUAUGAAUAUGAUGUUGUGAUGAAUGUUUCGAGUAUUUCAAUGAAGAUAAUCCAGGUAGUGAAUUAAA